AAUAGUAAGAAACUGAAAAAUAGAUUGGGAGAAUUACUCUCUUCAAUUUCAGAAUGAUAAAGGUACUCUGAGUAAACAUCAGUGAGAACCUCUCCCUGUCAGCUGCUGCAGCAGCUACCUCGACGACGUCUCACCUCUUCGAGUCAACGGUUCCCAGCAGCCAGCCCUGGCUGGCUUUCACAAGGUUCAAUGGCGACGAUUGGCGAAAGCUCUUCGUCAUCGUCCAAAACCGCGGACGCCAAGCCGGUGAUCGUUAGGGUUAAGCGCAAAGCCUUUCAGUCUCCGCUCGAUGCUUUCUGGCUUGAGAUUAAUGAGAGGCCCCUGAAGCGUGCAUUGUUGGAUUUUGAGAAUCUAUCAAUCUCUGGUUCAUCUGGAAAAGUAGAGGAAUUUAAGAGUAAGAAGGUUUUGGUACGGCAUGUGGAGACAGUGAGCAACACUGAGGCCACCAUUGAUAUUGUACAGUUGUUUGUGGAACCAGAUUCUGCUGAUGCAGUUGGAUCGAAAACAAAGGGUGAGGAACGAAGACACAAUUUAAAGAAGGAGAAUAUACAAGAUCAGCUUUUGUUUAAAGCCAGGAAAACACAAGAGUCAGUUGCAAAAAAUGCUCGUUUUGAACAAAUAUGGAGGAGCAGAAAGGGAGCAAAAGAGGUUAUGCAUGGUAAACUACAUGAGAUGUGCCAUUUCUACGAUGUUGCCCGUGUAGAUGACGAGGAAAGAGCCAAUGAGAAGCGACAGCAGGAAGAAGCUUUAGAGGACCACAAGCUUAUGUGCAGUUAUUUGCCUCUACUGAGGGAGUUUAUCCCAAGUGCUGCUGAAGAAAUUGAAUCAGAGUUACAAUCCUACAAAGUUGGCAAAGAGGAUUAUGUGUAUGACUUUUAUACUAUAAACGAUGAGGUAGACAUGGCCACUGUAGAUGCUUCACACCCCUUUCCUCUGGUUCAAGUAGAUGAGGAGGAUUACUGUGAUGGGCCUGAUAAUUCAGAAUAUGGAAGCGAUGAUUCAAAUGAUGAAAAUAAUCCACUGAAUGAUUAUCCUGAUGAGAUAUCUGGAGAGGACGAGGAUGAGGAAGUGGAUAGUAAAGCCUCUGAUAAUGAAUCAGGAGAAGAAAGUGUUAGUGAUGAAUCUACAGAAUCCGAGCACACAGAAUUCAACGUCUCGCGUGGAGAUGAAGAACUGUUCUAUGAAGAUGAUUAUGAGUAUGAAGAAGGUGAAGGUGAUGAUUUUGUUGAUGAUGAUGACCAUGAUGUUGGUGGUCACGGCAAAGAUUGAUAUCUGGUUCCAUUAAAUAAGUCGACUCUAACUUUGUACUAGAAUUUAUGCUCUUUCCACCCUUCAAAAAUUGUAGUUAUCAUCAAACGCUUGUAAGUUUGAGGUUAGUAAUGCUCGGAACAUUUACACCUAACGAUUAAUUUUAACAACUUUUUCAAACAUAUAGUAGUUGAAACUAAUCACCCGAAAUGAGUUUUCUGUGUGUAAACUUGAAUAUCACUAGGAUUACUUUCAACUUUUGUACCUUUUAUUCUUUGUAACUAACUAUACUUCAAUUCAAUGAUAGCCAGACAUGAGAAAUGUAAAAUAAA